UAACUGAAAGAGAUUAUGACUGAAGAGGUUCAGAAGUUGAGAGAAAUAGGGUUGAGUUUGCUCAAUGAAGAGAAAUUUGAGGAAGCUUACAAUGUUUACUCUAAGAUCAUUGAUGAAUGCAAAGGCUUAGAUCCUUUAUUCAAUAUAUAAAUUCUGAAGAGCAAAAUGAUACUACUUCAUGGGGAAGCAGUAUCUCACCAAGCAAGGCUUGAUCUGUAUAAUUGCAUUAAAUACUGAACAGAAAGACAAAUAGAUGAUGCUUUGAAAGCUAAGGCUACUUUUUUAUCUGGAGUACUAGAGAUGAAUCAUGGUCAUGACCUCAUCAGGCCAGUUAAGAUGUUUGAAGAGUUCCUUAAUAUAUUCUCCACUAUUUUUCCGUCAAAUAUAUCUAUAAAGAAGAGGAAUGAGCUGAGAAAGGAUAAUUCUAUUUUGUUCAAGUUUCAUGUAAUUGCAAGGAGUACUUAAAGUCACUGAAAACAAGAAAAGUAGAAAUGGCUAAUUUUCAUACUAAUGAAGAAAAGAAUGCACAAGGAGAGGAGUUCAACGCUUUGUGGACAGAACUUGAACAGGACAAAAAGAAGAUUGUUCCAGGCUCGAAAUGGUAUACAGUCUUAGCAAGUUGCCUUCAUAACUUCAAUGAAUAUAUCACCCAGACUUCGAACUACUCUAAAGAUACUAACCUUCGGAAUGCACAUCCAGGCAUGGUCACUAAUGUAGUCAUUCUAGACCACCCAUAUAACUUGUAAAAAGAUCCUAAAGAAACCUCUCUGAAUUACAACAUCAAGGAGAACCUUAUCGAGGAGUUGCACUAUUUCACUGUGAAUAAGGAAAUUAUGGAAUUUUUAGUAUCCAUUACGGAGGAAUUGAAAUACCCAGGAUUGCAAUUGCGAGUGAAAAAGGAAAUGAAGGCUUUAUAGAAACAAACUUUAAAAAUCUAAAUUUUAGCUAUUAUCCCAUUACGAAGUCUGCAAAGAUCGAAAUACAUCAAAUUUAUGUGUCAAGGAUGAUGACUAUAGACUUAUUGAGAGAAAGAUUAGCUAAAUUUGUGAAGAAAUUAACAGUGAACAUUAGACUUUGGAAAUGCUAAAUUCUUAGUGAUUUAGAAACUUUCUACAGAAACAGUGAGUUCGAGUUGAAAAGGCAAGGAUCCAUCAGGCUGAAAGGAGAACAUUUGGAUAACAUGGAGAGUACUAUUGAUGAUGCAAGUAUCAGCCCAGAUGAGUUUAUUAUUGUUGAAUGCUGACAGAUAAGAAAAUUCUAUUUUUAAGAAAUUGAAAAAGAGAAAGAAGAUGAAGUUAUGGAAGACUAUAGUGAAAAUGAAGAAACCUAUAGAGAUGCUGAUGCUAAGAGUUGUAUAAAUAAUGAAAUUAACAAAACAAACAUUCUUGGAAGCGGUGGAGAAUUUGUUUCUGCUUAUGCUAAUCUGAUGAAUAAUUUAUGGAUAAGUAGCAAUUAAGCAAACCUCCCCACGCGGACUAAAAAGUUAUUGAGAAAUCAGCUACUCAUUUUGAAAGAACAGCAAAGCAAGAUUCAUUUGAGUUUUUUAAUUAUGCUAUUGAUGUUCUCAGUGAAGACUUGAAUAGAGGGAUUGAUAAGCCUCAAACAGAAUACAAAGACUUCAAUGACAGGCCAGACUCAGUUACGUCUGCUGAACAUUGGAUAGCAUUUUUAAAUAGAAGUCAGUCUGUUAUUGUUGAUUUGAUGUGUGGACAACUGAAAUCGAGUUUGAUUUGUAAUGUGUGUAAGAAAAUUUCAAACAAGUUCGACACAUUUCUAACCCUAAGCUUGCCAAUCCCAAAGAAUAAGUUCAUACACUUCAUAUUUCUUACUAUCCAGAGGUUGUUUCAUCUAAAAAUCCUAUCAGAAUACUCGCCAUAAAUUUCGAUCUGAAAGACACUUUGGCGGAUAUAGUAACUAUAAUUGAUGAUUCAGUGGGAAGAAACGCUCCUAUUCAUCUCUACACCUUAAAAAGAAGGGGUCAGAUAAAAUAUUGGGACCAGAAUGAUAUCAGCGUUUCUGAAUUAGAAAAUGAGAAACUCGCAGCCUUUGAGUAUUCCCAGUUUGAAAGAGAUUAGAGGCUAAACAUUUUUUAAAUCCAAGUAACCUUUUUAAAGGAAUGCACUACCGAUUUCGGGUCUACAUACUACAAUGAUGUUUGCACACCUAAGAUCUUCUUACAUUGUGCUGGGAGAACUUGCUCAGGGUUGAAAUUUACUAUAUUCAAAUACAUUUUCCCAUUGAUUACCCUCUCUAAGAAAUACUCUAAAGUUUACGAGGAGGCAGAGAAUAAAGAAAAUGCCAUUAUGGAGAUGUACAAAAAGUUCUACUGAACAUCUGAGAUUGGCUUGAGGAAAUUCUUUGUUAUUGAAUGAGGACAAAUAAUUAAUAUGAAUAAAGCAGUGAAUGAAGGUCAAAUUAAAUCCCAUUACAAUAGCCUUGGCAAGGAGAGUGGAUGGCCAAGGCAUCAUCCUUCUAUAGUACUGUAUAACAUCUGGUAUCUUCUUUUAGAGGUUAAGAGGGUUUAUAAGACAAUUUUGGUUUUCUUUUGUCCUUUUCAUUGUAAUCCAGUUAGAUAUUCUCAAAAAAUGAUCAAGAAAAGAAAACACUCAAAGUUUAACCGCUAGAUGAAGAUUCAGCAUUCUCUUAAAGGGUUUCAGGAUGAAAAAUAUUGGGCAUAUUCAUCUCAUCUCCUACAAUACAGCUGGUUUUGUUUCUAGAAAUAAUUUUCAGUAGGAUAUCAAUCUAUUUCGUUGUGAUCACUUAAUUGCUUCAAUUAUAAGUAAAAUAAUUAAAAAUUAAAGAAUGACUCAGAGUUUUACUCUAUGAGAGAAUUUGCAGAAUUCCCAGACUCUUCCAAAACUUUUGGAAGCUUUAUGGAAAACCUUUCCCCAAAUCUUUCUCCAAACUAUCAGGUUUCUUUCAGGAUCAUCUUUCCAAGAGAGACUAGGGUCAACCUUGAUGCUCUUGAGAUGGCAAAGCACCCAGGCCACAAUACUAGUGAAAGUUCAAAUAUAAGCUCCGAUGAUCGCUUCCAACAGCUCAGCGUUGAGGAGUUUCUGUCUGGAAAUAACAAAUAUAAUUGUUUAACUUGUAACAAACUACAGGACUCUUAUAAAAAGAUGUAGGUUUACAAACUACCUAGAAUAUUAUGAAUUCAACUUAAAAAUUCAGUAAGGAAGAGCCUAAGAGGGUAGGAAGUGGGAGGAGGUAGAAUUCUCGAAGAUGUGUCAUCACCAGUCAGGCACAAAGAACAGUUAAGAAUAAUGAUUUCAUAUAUUUCCCACUUAAAGGACUAGGUAUGGGUAAACACUUGGUGGACAAUGAUGUCAAGGAGUAUAAUUAGACUAUAAAGGUAGCGUUCAUAAACCCUACGUGGGAGAUACUGCAUCUCUGAGGGUUGAUCACAAGGCUUCUCCAGGCAUUUGCAUCUUUUUCUGCUGAGAAUAGCUACUGAGUCAGUCCAUCAGAGGCUUAACAUCUAAUUCAGAAACUCGGUGAACUGGAUCUAUUCGAAUAUAGUUCGGUUUUAUAUCUAUAAAUUUUUAAGAAUUUCUUUGUCUGAUGCAUCUUUCAGUCAGUCAGAGGCUUCCUCCAGUAAAAAUCCUCAAAUCGGCUUGCCACACAGAUGCCUGAACAGUCGCGUCUCCCCUAGUGUGUUUACUUGUUUCCUAGCUAAACUCUCUUCUUUCCCUUAAUACCUAGCACUGGAGUUCCCAGAGGCCUUCAUUUGUCAGGAAAUGGCAGUCUCUUCUUUGUUGGGACAAAAUCCUUUGGUGAGCCUAGCUUAUUGGACAAAGUGACUUACAGAAAAAUCUAUUCUACCAAAAAGUAUAUCUAUGAUUGAUACGCUGUUUGUAAUCACUAUGGAACCCUUGAUUCUUGCCAUUACCAAGCCCAUUGCGAGAACAGUUUUAACAACAAAUGAAAGUUAAGACCAAGUGAAAAUGAAAGUGUAAAAGAGAAUGCCUAUAUACAUUCCUAUAGACUAAGAGAAUCGUCAACAUUAAAAACUCAAUUUGUUAA